AUGACAGGUCAAACAACUGCAACUAUCGCUGAGCAACCUACUGGCACCGCCCAACAUAUCGAAUAUGCCGACGAAAACGAUAGCCCUUUCCACGUUACCCUAGCGCAACAGCAAGAAACCGACUCUGACCGGCAAGGUUAUGUCGGGCCAUGGCCGUUGAGACGUCGGAGUAUCUCCAGCUGGUACGUCCUCAGCGACAGGAGCGACGCCACCAGGAGCUCAAUUCCGGAAUACACGGGCAACUCUGCUGUGCUGAACAGUGCCACCAAACCCAUAUUUUGCAGGCUUCAGUUUGAAAGAUCCUUUCAGUGA